CCGCUCAGUGGAGACGCUCGACGGUCGCUACCUCUCCGCUCGAACCCGCGCAGCUGACACACCGGACACACGGGCCUCGGGAUAUCCACCGGGCACUAGUUCACACCCGCCGAAUAAGCGAACAAAAGCACAAGGAGUCGUUUUCGAGGGCUCAGCAGCGAUGUCGGAGUUUCUGGUGAAUCUGCUCGGAGAGCGGCUCGUCAACGGGGAGAAAGCCGAGGUGGAUGUGCAGGCGCUGGGCAGCAGGCUGUCUCUGCUAGGGCUCUACUUCGGCUGCAGUUUAAACGGCCCCUGCAAGCAGUUCAACGCCAGUCUGAGCGAGUUUUACAGCAAGUUUAGGAAAUCCUCCGAGCACAAGGACAAAUUGGAAAUCGUCUUCAUCUCUUCGGAUCAGGACCAGAAACAGUGGCAGGACUUCUUGCAGGAGAUGCAAUGGCCGGCGUUGCCUUUUAAAGACAGACACAAAAAGAUGAAGUUAUGGAACAAAUACAAGGUGACCAGCAUUCCCUCUCUGGUGUUUAUCGACGCUGCCACAGGGAAGGUGGUGUGUCGGAACGGCUUGCUUGUAGUGAGAGAUGACCCAAAAGGCCUGGAGUUCCCCUGGGGGCCGAAGCCUUUUGCGGAGGUGGUAUCCGGGCCCUUGCUCAGGAACAACCGACAGACCACAGACAGCACUGCCCUGGAGGGAUCCUAUGUGGGGGUUUACUUCUCUGCACACUGGUGUCCACCUUGUCGCAGUCUAACCCGAGUGUUGGUGGAGUCGUACCGCAAAGUGAAAGAAACAGGGCAGAAAUUUGAGAUUGUGUUCGUCAGUGCAGAUAGGUCGGAGGAGUCGUUUACGCAGUAUUUCAGCGAGAUGCCGUGGUUAGCUGUGCCGUACUCAGACGAGGCCAGACGAUCACGACUCAACAGACUCUAUGGCAUCCAAGGUAUCCCUACACUGAUUUUGCUGGACACAGAGGGCCACAUGAUCACGCGACAGGGUCGGGUAGAGAUUCUCAAUGAUCCCGACUGUGGGCUCUUCCCGUGGCACCCGCGGCCUGUGCUGGAGCUCACCGAGUCCAACGCCGUGCAGCUUCAUGAAGGACCCUGCCUGGUGCUGUUCGUAGAUGCUGAGGAGGAAGGAGAGCUGGAUCCGGCCAAAGAGCUCAUCCAGCCAAUCGCAGAGAAGAUCAUGGCCAAAUACAAAGCCAAGGAGGAGGAGACGCCACUGCUCUUUUUUGUAGCCGGAGAGGAUGAUAUGAGCGAUUCCCUGCGGGACUACACUAACCUGCCUGAGGCAGCACCUCUCCUCACCAUCCUGGACAUGUCGGCUCGCGCCAAAUACGUUAAAGAUGUUGAAGAGAUCACACCGGCUGUGGUAGAACAGUUUGUUAGUGACUUUCUAGCAGAAAAGCUCAAACCAGAGCCCAUAUGAAGUCCUGGACUGCACUAAACCCUCCCACACCCGUUACCCGAACCUCCAUCUGGCCCUUGGCCUCCAGGCGUGCACUCUCUUCUCUUCCUGUCAGACUGUUUGAACAGAAGCAUACUUUGUAUUGACAUUUUCCUUUUUAAACAUGCCCCUCCAUCUCGAAGCAGCCGCCUCUUCCUGUGGUGCCUUGCAUUUACUACAGCGCUGAUGGUAAAAUGCAGAUCUUUAUGUUGAUUGUCUUUUGCCGUUACAUUUAGAAAUUAGAUCAAACCCUGCAGCUGCAAGUGAAUAUGAUUUUUUUCAUCAAGUGUUUACUUCUAUCCUUGGAUAUUGUUUCAAGAAUCAAGAGCUUAGAAUAAUUGUAGCUUGGUAGAUGUAUUAUUAUUAUUUUUCCACAGACACUGCACAUUUCCCAUAUGUAUGGCCGUGAUUCUCUUAUGGGUGCUGAUAAAUAUGCAUACAUGCUGAUGUUGAUAUCAUUGUAUAGAAGGCACUAUCUAUUCUUUGUGUAGCUGCCGCUGUUUAUUUUUAACGCAGUUGUCUCGAAAGGAAUCUGCCCACCUCCGUGUUUGAUAUUUGAUGUUGUCGGAUGACUGAUCAGUUCCCAGCUCAAACAUGAUAUUUUAGUGGAUUUUCUGUGAAGGUCCCCUGUAUUAAUGCAGUCUUAUGUUUUUGAAGGCACAAUAAACAGCAUCUAAUUGCAAGCUUCCUUAUGAAACGUAGCCAAUUAAAGCACACUGUCUGUUCUUGGAUGUGUUUGAAAUGAUGUCAUAGCCAUUAAAAGUCACUGUUGAAAA